AUAGCCGCUGACACAUAAAUACACCCGCCUAAAUCUCUCUCCCCCUCCGAUCCGCCAAACCAAUCUCCCAACCCAAUGGAUCCCCACGACAAGCAAGUGGUACUAAUCACCGGCUGCACCACCGGCGGUAUCGGCCACGCUCUGGCGCGCGCCUUCGCGACCGAGAACUGCCUGGUGGUGCCCACGGCUCGGUCCCUGCCAUCGAUGGCGGACCUCGACGGCAGCGACCCAAGGUUCUUCCCUCAGGAGCUCGACGUGCUGUCCGACGAGAGCGUCCGGCGCGUUCUCUCUCGGGUGUUGGAGGAGUUCGGCCGAAUUGACGUACUCGUUAACAACGCUGGGGUUCAGUGCAUUGGACCACUGGCUGAGGUCCCUAUGUCCUCGAUUGAACAUACUUUCAACACCAAUGUUUAUGGUACCAUGAGAUUGAUACAAGCUGUGGUCCCUCACAUGGCCUCUAGGAAGAAGGGAAAGAUUGUGAAUGUGGGAAGUGUUACUGUUUUGGCCCCUGGACCAUGGGCAGGUGCUUAUACUGCAUCAAAGGCUGCUCUCCAUGCACUGACUGAUACAUUAAGAUUGGAACUUAGGCCGUUUGGAAUCGAUGUUAUCAAUGUUGUCCCCGGAGCAGUUAAGUCAAACAUAGGAAACUCGGCUAUAAACAGCUACAGUCGUAUGCCCGAAUGGAAGUUAUACAAACAAUUUGAAGAAGCAAUCAGAUCACGAGCCUACUUUUCACAGGGCCCAAAAGCAACUCCGUCGGAAGAGUUUGCAAAGAAGACUGUGGCGGCACUGCUGAAAAAGAACCCACCAUCUUGGUUCUCUUAUGGCCAAUACUCCACCAUACUGGCAAUCGUGUACCAUCUUCCAUUGUUUGUCAAAGAUUUUAUUCUCAGGAAAGCAAUGAAAUGUUAAACACUUUGGGAAAAGUUUUCGUUGAACAGAGAGGAUAAUCUGAGAUUGGAUAUCAAUCAUAUCAUACAAUAAUACUCUUCCAAGGUGUUAAUAUUUCGGCUUUGGCCUUGGAAGUUGGUUGUUUCAGAAUUUCUCUCUACUUGUUAACUGUAAGCACAUUUGAUGCAUGAUGAAUCAGACAGCCGUGUUGUUGUGUACUAA